AUGUGGGUUCUCCUUGAGGGUCAUCUAAGUCCUCUUAAAUUGAAAGCUGACUUAUCACAAGUUUCUGACUUGGGAGAUUUUAAGGACGUUCUCAAAGAAAAGAUUCCAGUGUUAAAAAAUGUCGAACCAUAUGAUAUCCUGUUUUUAAAUUAUGAGGAUCGCACCACACCUAUUCGACCAGGAGCCUCUUUACAACUUUUCGUGAACAGCACAACAAAUAUGAAUCUACUCGUAGUACGCUACCAGAUUUCUGAUUCAAGCAGGAAGAAGGCGUUUGGAGAUUGGAAUUUAAAAGAAGUGGGCACUGAGAUUUAUAAGAGUACUUUUGAUUCUAUUGACUCAGUGCCACAAUUAAGCUUGGAAGAAUUUCCCGAAUUAAAUCCAUCAUUUAGUGAGGAGGAAAUUGAAUUUUUUAUUAAACAACUUAAGGACAAGGCAUUCGCAUUAAAUAAUAAAUUUAGCACUAACAAAGCCACAGUGCGUCAAUACAUAUCAAUUUUUAUGACCAUGGCAGUUCAACACAUUCGAAAAUAUAGAGAUCCGACAACGGAAUUGAACGUGGAGUCUGAACUUGAUGGAUCUCGAGGUUACGGCAAUCUAGACUAUGAAGUUGUUAUACAAGAUGUUCCGGUAUUGAUUAAUGAGGCUAAAAAUCAAGAUAUGGAUAAGGGAGUUGCCCAAAAUUUGGUACAAGUAUAUACUGCGGCCGAGAAAUUGUUAAGGAAACGAAAAAGGGAUGAACAAGUAAAUUCUUUACCCCCUAUGUUGUUUG